AUGUCGAACCACGAUUACUCAGCGUACGAAGACUUCGUUCAGGAUGCCGAAGACAUCAUCCAUCAUCUCCCCCCCAAACUUCAAGGUUGUUUUCACAGGAUGAUCACUAACAAGGCCUACGGCAUGCCAGAGGAGCUGAAGGACAGAGUGGAAAGGACCAAUCUUCGACUACUGCAAUGGGACAAACAGCAAGCAGGUAGUGACACCACUCACUAUCUUGAUCAAGUGUGCUAG